AUGAACAACAAAGAAGAAACAACGGCGGACUGUAAUAUUAAUACCGCCAACCUCUCUACCUUUGAGGGAAAUGGAAAAGAUGACCUCAAUAGGUACAAGAGAAGGGGCGCGUUGGCUGCAGCACUUCUCGUUCUGGGCAUCACCGUGGUCGUGCUACUAGUUCUCCACAGAGAAGAUGAUAGUAACCGGACGACAGGCUCAUUCACCAUUGGUAAUGAUGAUGCCGAUAAUCUACGUAAGAAGGCUUACGAAGGGAUGCAGGGCGCGGCCCAUCAGCUAUGGAACACAAGUCAUGACGACGACGUGGGCCCAAAUAACCGAGACUGGAAAGAGGAGGUAGACAAAUCUCUCAAAGAGCGAGGAUUGUACCUAAACUCGAGAAAUGCAACCUAUUUGCUAAAUGCGCGCGGAAAAACCUUGACGAUAGGUGAUGAUGUUGAAAUUAGAGAGUUUGACGAGAAUGAAGAACGUGAUUGCAGUGAACUGCCCUUGCAAGGUGUGCUACAGGCAAUGCGUAAAGUAGGAGUGCUGCAAUACAAAAGUCCCGAUACUGUGGCCGAAUGGGCUGCAUGGCAAGGGUGUUUGAUACGCAGUCACGCGGGUACAAUUAUGGUAGCGGGGUAA